UAUAGAAUCAGAGUUCUUUGCAUCAUUUUAUAACAGUCAAAAAGGAUCUAAAAAAAGUGAAGCACAGAUUAUGGCUUUGGAAAAGCGGAAGCUUGACAUGCUACUUGACAAUGUUGAUGCUCCCAGAGCAUUGAUGCUUCCAAUAAUUAGUGAUGUUCCUAAAACAAAACACUGUGGUUCACCGAAGUUAAGCAAACUAUCUUGUUUAGAAGCAAUUUUGAUUGAACAAAAGAAACUUCUUUUUGAACAAAAGAAGACCAACAAACUGUUGUCUGAAAUUUUGCGCCCAAUAGAAAAAGAAUCUGUAAAUAAUGAUAAUGCCGUGUAUACUGGUUUUGAUGCCGAAUUUAAAUUGCACGACAUUCAAAAACGAGAACCAUGUAGCUUUGCAAGAAAAUUUAUUUUGUUGCGAUUCGGAAAGGAGUUUACUUGCACGCGUAUUUGUGAACCAAACGGACCUACUGCACGCAUUCAUAUGGAGAAUAAAGAAAUUCAGGAAAGUAAAGGUGCACUUGACAAAGUGUUUACGUCUUACAACUGGCGUGUUGUUCGGGCGAGUAUUAAUCAAUUUUUCCGAGACAAUAAAAGUAGUACAAAAGUUUGAAGACUAAACAAAUGAGUGACAUUUUUCUUGUGGUGUGGGGUUGUCAGCGUUUUUCGCUUAUCCCCCCCCCCCCCCCAUUCUAUCUGUAAUGUGUUUUGUAUGUUUUGUGUGUUAAAUAAAUACACCAUCUUAUUUAUUCUAAA